AGAAUAGAAAUGCUGAACGAUGAUAUCUUUCGUGUCCUACAUAUGGAUCUUAAUAACGGCGCUGGUAGCCGCAACUUGUGCUUUCAGUCUGCUUCAGCCCUUUUGGAUUAUACAUCCGGACGGCAUUCAUUCCUUCGGAGUUUACGUGUACUGUAAAGGAGGCGACUUCGGUGAUGUGAACGGUCAGUUAACAAAGCAGAUGUGUUCUUUUUACGGUGGUCAUCUCAGUGUCGUCAACAUUCCUUCAGGAGCUUGGCAAGCUACGUUUUUACUAUUUUCAACUGGAUGUGCCAUUUUGCUAGCCAGUCUUGUUAUGGGAAUGGCGACAAUGUUCUUGACGAUUCGAUGGCUUCAGAAGUUGUCUAAUACAAUGACGUAUUUACAGACAUCCGCAGUUCUCAUACUGACAUCAGCAUUAUUGACCUACCCCUUAGGGAUGAACUCACCUUUCUUUCAUUAUUACUGCGGACCUAGAGCGGAAGUAUACAAUGCUGGACAGUGCAGUAUGGGAUGGAGCUACAUGCUGGCUAUGAUGGGAACAGCGUUAUCCAUUUUUUGUCCUAUUUUGUGGAAUUUACGUGAUUUUAAAUCAGAACAAGAUGAUUAUCCUUUUAAUUUAUGA